GAGAGAGAGAGAGUGUGUGUGUGUGUGUGUUUUCCUCUUCUCCCACCAAGAUCUGGGCAAGAAGAAGAGCAAGAAUGGCAGCUGAAGAAGAGAAAAGCCCAAACAAUCCACAGAACCCACCCAGAAGAUCUCCCCGGGCAAGGAUGAAAGAGAGCAUCCUUAGCCCCGGAUUCCGGUCUGCCGCCGCCAUGGCCGGCUGGGACGAGGAAGCCCUCCUGUUCGCCAGUCUUGUCGUCGAAGACACACCUGUGAGAGAAUCCAGACACAGGAAGCGCCGCAGUCCACAGUUCAAGACCCCUCCAACCACCAACUCCAACAGGAAGCGAAGAUCUCGAAGACAAUCUCCCAAUCCGAUCCCUCCUGUUGUUCUUUGUCUUGAUGAUGAUGAGGAAAAGACUGUUGAAAAAAAAGAUCCCGGUGCAAAAAGGAAAGAUUCAGAGAUUGUUGUUGCUGCGGAAGAGAAGAAGACAGAGGGAGAAGGGGCUUCGGUUGAAAAGGCCUCGAGCAAAGGCCUUCCCUGCAUGGAUCGGCUGAGGGAAGAGCUCUCUUGUGCUAUUUGUUUGGACAUUUGCUUUGAACCGAGUACAACUCCUUGUGGGCACAGCUUUUGUAUGAAAUGUUUGAAAUGUGCUGCUGCUAAAUGUGGAAAACGCUGUCCAAAAUGCAGGCAACUGAUCAGCAAUGGGAGAUCUUGCACUGUGAAUACAGUACUUUGGAACACCAUCCAACUCUUAUUUCCUGAGGAAGUUGAGGCAAGGAAGAACUCAAGUGCUGCGACUUCACGCAGCAGUAAUGUCCAAAGUCCUGAAAGAAGCAGCAAUAACGUUAGAAAUAGUCAUGCAAAUAGUAACACCAGAAGCAGUCAUACAAGAAGUGCAACCCAGGUUUCUCAAGGGAUGGAUAGGGAAAGAAUCAUUAGAAGAAGAGCCAUCCCAAGCCAGUCUGAAGAUGCUGCAUUGGCUCUCAGGCUGCAGAGGGAAGAAUUUAUGGUAGCCUUUCAUGACAACCGUGAGCAGCAGAGGAGUACACUUCAUUCCGCUCAAGCAAAUUUGAGAGCUAUGGCCUCCAGAGCAGUUCAUUUUCGCACUAGGGGCCGGUCCACAUAGCUUCACCAAUAUUUCUGUUCUUAAUCUUCAAAUUAUGGAUGGACUGGGCAGCUGCCAUAGGAUCUGAACAGUGUUAUUAUCAGCAAAAUGCUCAAACUGCGGUUUGCAAUAUGCAGCGGCCCAUUUGGUUUUCUUUCUUGUUUGUUACUAAUAGCAGUACCAUGCUUUGUGGUCUGUUCUAAUUAAAAAUGAUACUUUUAAGUUGUUAAGGUGUUU